UAACUCUUUUUCAAAGUGGCCGAUUGUGUUGAAAUUUGAUGUACGGGCAAUUUGGACAUUAAGAACGGGCGCUAUUGAUUGCCAGGAUGCUAGUUCAACAGGAACAAAAUUAUAGGACUUUGAGUGAACCGGGAACAGAAAAAACUGCGCGCUCAAUUUGAUAGAAAUUAACAUAUUUCAUUCCUCAUCCUUAUAUUUUAAAAAAUUUAUCGCACCAGCGCUUAACAAUUUUGGAGAAGACUCCGUCCGCACUGGGAGCCCUGUUAUUACUUGAGGUUCGGGAGAUUCUAAUUUUAUUUAAUGGUGGCGAAUUAGGUGAUUUAAUUAUCCUCGUACUUUUGGAAUUGCAGAUACAGUUACAGUUUCAUUAAUCCGUUCACCUAAUGCGCUUUUAUGUAGAAUAACAUGAGCGUUUAGUUCCACUAAAUAAUUUUCUGCACAAGGUACUUUAUAACAGUAGGCAUUUUUAACUUGUGCGUUCAUUUUGGUUGUCACUGCUCAGUAUACUUACACCUUAGAUCGAAGAUGUAUAAAGUACUAAUAAUUUUAACUUUACAUGCAAAAUGUAUGUGUGAAUGGAUCGAAAUUCCUCAGCAGAUAGUUAUGAGCCAGGGUGCUACUAGAAAGAUGGAUUAUGCUAUAUCAAUUUUUACAACGACAUCUACUACAACCCAAAGGCCGAUAUUUCCCAAGCCCUUUAUUGCUAAACCCACCCAAAAAACAAAUUUAAGUAAUCACCGACAUAAUUAUAACGAUAGUAGCACCAGUAAUAAAUCGCCAGAUACCGAAGUUGUACCAACAACGGUUACUGUUUCUUUUCGCGAAAACCAAAGAGGUACCAAGAAAAGGAAAACCACGACUAGCACAAAACCCAAAAUUGUUUCCAAUGUGACUAAUUCAGGGUUAACUGAGGACACAUUUUUGAAUCCCAAUUUAUUGGCACACCGUAGUGGAUUUGACGACUUAAUACAAAAUGACGAAUACAGUUACACCAGCUUUAUUCCCUAUUUAAGCAGAGUUCAAUACGAUUUAAUGAAAAACGCGCAUAAAAACAAAGAGAGCAAAUGGAACGUCCUCCAAAAUUUACGAGAUCAUCUGCUAAUUGAAAUCGAAAAACGAAUUUCACAAAUUGGUACGAAAAAGGCAGAGGGAAGAGGGGCAAGAGAUUUUAAAGAUCAUGAUUCCCACGUCGACUUUCCAUCAAAUGAGAGUGCAUUAAUUACAAUUGGGUUUUUAACAUUCGCUGUGUUCUUAAUUAAAAUUGUCAUGCAUCUUAUUCAAACUCUAGGAACAACCACCACAACGACUUCUGGAAGAAAACGUCGAGAGGUUAUUGAUAAUGAUGAUGUUUUAAGAAUAUUGCAACACGUCGAGCAAUUUACAUUAAAAUGAUUUUAAACACAUUUUGUUUUACUUAUUUUUAUAAAUGUUUCCCCGUUACUUUUUAGGGCUUUUCGUAAAACGCGUAUUGCGUUUGGCUGCUUUCAUAUAAUAUACUUACGGGCGAACGAGCUGACGCACUAGCUAGAAUCUAGAUA